UGUGUGAGAGAGCGCAUUCAGGCAAUAUCAACUCAGCAAGCAGGAAGGUGGUUGACCUCUCUUAUCUUCUGCUUCCUACUCUUGUUGCGGGUGCUGCCCUUCACUCCCUGCCCAGUCUCUACCAGGCUGUCUGUGGGUGCGAUCCCCAAGACGUCGGACCUCCUGCAGCAUUCAAGGUGGGACCUGUGGAUCGCUGAGCCUGUGGAAGAUUCAUUCUGAGGGAUUGUCCUUUCUUUCCAUGUGGAUGCUUUGGAAGAAGUGGAUCCAAGCCAGACAGAAAGUGGCCAGGGCCAGCUGGGGGAAGUAAGCAACUACAGCUGUACCUUCAAAGCUGGGAUUCCCAACCAGGGCACUAGGAUGCCCACAUUUCAAUGACCAAAGGAAGCAAGUGCAGCAUUUCCCCAGGUGGAUAGGCAUCUGAGCCCCUAGUGGAUAGGUCGGUGGAUAUGAAUCCCUUGGUUUGAGACCCUCUGGAAGCACACAGUCUCACCAGCUGAGUCACCACUACUGUCAGGACUCUGACACAGCCUUGCUUCAUCCAUCAGCCAAGAGAGCGCCAAGGAGGAAAUGCCUGGAAGCAGAAAGCCUUCCUGAAGGUCUAUGCUCCAUGCUCAAGGCCCUUUGCCCAAAGGUCACCACCAGCAACAGCACAACAGGAAGCCACGCAGGGCCGUCUCUGAGUGCUAGGAAACUAUGCAGAGAGCAUCCCAGAAAACACACACACAUACAUAGAGGAGGGAGUCCCUCUGGCCAGUGUUCUGCACAGCAGCUGCCCACCGCCUUCGCAUGUCCCAGUGUGAAAAGCUGCCUUCAAUGGAAGCCCAACAGGAGCCAGAGAACUGCUACUGUCCCUGGGCAGGAAGAUGCUGUGAUCAAGUGGCCACCUUGGCAUGGAGUUGAACCGGCUCCUUCUCCUGACUACCUUCCUGCUCCAUAUAAAACUAGCCAGGAUGAUUCCCACACCACUGAUCUGUGACAGGAGACUAAUCCAGAAGUACAUCAGUGAAAGCAUAGACCUGGAGGACCAAGUGAGCCGAUGUGAAAACCUUCCCAUUCUCCAGCAGCCUGUGCUCUUGCCCCUGGUAGGCUUCAGCCUCCGAGAAUGGAUGGCAAAGACAAAUCAGGUCAAAGCUCAAGAAGUUCUCCGUGACCUGCUUACACUGGUGGAUGUCAUAGCUAUCACCCAGCAAGAACUGACGCAGGCCUGCCCCUCUCUACUUCUUCAGAAGCUUUAUGAGAAAGCCAGCUCCUUCGUUCUGCAUCUACAAAGUUAUAGGUCACAGGGACAGGAAAUGACAAGGCAGACAGAAGGAGCCCCUCAGCUUAUCCCAGAAGGAAACCUCAGGACUAUUUUCCAGACCUACAAACAGCUCUUGCAAGGAAAGAUCCACUUCCUCUUCAAUGACUUGAGGAAAGACUUCUCUUGCAGCCUGGGUCGCCAGGCUAGGGCUGCCGUGUGGGCUCAACAUCCUUCCAGCUGGGCUACUUCAAGGGGCCAGCAGAGAGAGACCCUGCAGGUCUAAGCCAUUUGGAGAGAGUAGCUGGCCCUUUCGUGGCCAAGAGCGGAACACCGAAUGGAAGAGCAGUGCAGCCCAGACCCUUGAGAUGAUGGUCUUGGGGAAAAACACUGGGAGAGGAAUAUAACAAUGGCUUCAGAGAAGUCAGAGCCCUCAAGUAAAUAGCUGCUUGCUUUAGCUGCCUGCAAGAAAAAGGAAUCCCAGAGUCGAGUGAGUCCAGCGAUGCUCUCCAAAGGACCAUGCUCUUUGCUCCCCUCAUUGUACUUGGCUGAUGGCUAUCCAAAAUUUUAGCACCUCUGAUGCAGUGUAUGCAGCUAGAGAGAGCAGAUGGGAACUGGUAUUGACCAUUCUCUUGACAGAAUUGUGGGCUUUCUUUCUAGCCAUGCACACUGGAUGCCACUUGGCAUCAUUCCCCUGCAAGAAGGUGACAUUACCUGUUGAUCACCAUGUCCUUUAAGGUCCCAGUGUAUUUUAGGCUUCUUGCCAAGACCAGACAGGCACACUUGGUUUGUUUGUUUGGAUAGAUUGCAAGCUGCACCCACUUAAAAAGCACUAGUAGCUCAAGGAAAUGGAGACACAGAAUAGCUAGCCAUGAAUUCCAGCUCCUCUGUAAGUCCUAGAUACAUUCUCCUAGUUAUGGUUCCAGCUUCAUUUAACAGACUACAGAAGCCAUAUUUUGGUAGGUAACAAGUGAAGAAACACUAAUAAAUUUAAGAGCCAAGUAACACAAUUAUUGACUUUGGGACUUUUCACUUUAUGCCAAGACCUGCCUCAAGAAUUUGGAAAAGGCACAGCAAAAGCAUUUUUGAUACUCUAAUAAUUAAAAUGGAGCAAACAGGGACACACUUCGUGGAUGUUCUCACUUCUGUCCCCAGAAACAGGACACAGGGUACUUGGAAAUGUAAGCUGACAAUUGUAAAUAAGAGUUGGACUCUUAGCAGCAGGUACAGAAGAAAGAAACCUCUUUGCCUCUCCCAGACACAUUGUCCCGUUACACCUUUAUUCCCAAGUGUCUGCAGGCCACUGCGUCCACCCAUGGCAAGGCCAAGAAGAGCCAGAUUGCACCUCUGAUGCAGUAUAUGCACAAAAGUCUGUUACAGACACUGCUUGGAAGGGAGCUAUAAAAGGCUUUCUGUCUAUACUAUUACCACAAUAAAGACUUGCCUUUCUUUUUUUUAACAAAAAGAAGUGUCUCAUCAUAUUUUCCAAGGCACAUAAAGCUAAAGGUCAGCAAAAGAGAUGGCCAAGGUCUUGCACACAGCAGACCAGAUGUAGAAUCAUGGAAUCUUUCACUGAAAGGGGGCCAUUAUGGUCAUUGGAUCUAACCCAUUACACAGGAAUACACAAGUAAAGCACUCCUGAAAGAUGUCCAUCCAACCUCUGUUUAACAGCCCCCAAAGAAUCCACCACCUUCUAUUCCAAUAUUGAACAGUAAAGAAGUUCUUCCUAAUGUUUAUGUAGUUCCUGUGCUAGU